AUGAAACGUGAGUGGAAAAAACUGCAAGAUUGUUACAGACAAGCCAUGUUAAGAAGAAAAACCAAGAGUGGACAAUCUGCAACAAAAACAAAACCUUGGAAGUACGAAGAGUUGAUGUCUUUUCUUGCAUCGAAUACAUUGCCAAGAAGCUCUCAGUCCAACGUUCUUGAUCCUGACGAUGAAAACUCGGACAAUGUAGAACCAAUCGAAGCUAAUGAUGACACCCAGGGGCAGCAUGAAGGGGAAGAAAAUGCGUUAGAAGAUGACCAGUCUAACUCUGCAUUAAACAGCCAAGGUCCACGUUAUAACAAAUCUUUAAAAAGUAACAGGAAGAACGUUGAGAAAGAAAAUGAUGGAGUUCAAAAAGUUAUAACAUUUCUAAGUAAGAAAGAGAGCACUAAAAACAAAAAUGGGGAGCUCAAUUACUUUUUUGCAAGUGCUUGCGAGAGCACCAAAAACCUACCACGCUAUUUGCAGCUCAGAGUUAAACAAGAGAAAAUGGAAGCAAUUGUAAAGGCAGAAAGUGAAUACUUAAAUACCAGGCCACAAUCAUCUGCCACUUCUACAAGCAGUAGCGUAGCCGUACAGACACCAUUGGUGUCACCACAUUCCGAUUGGUCCGAACAACCAAUGGUGUCACCACAUUCCAAUCGGUCCGAACAACCAAUGGUGUCACCACAUUCCGAUCGGUCCGAACAACCAAUGAUAUCACUACCAUCUGAUCAGUCCCAACAACAAUACGUUACUGGCAGUGAAACAGGAUGGAACAAUCCAUGGGGCAACACAGGACGUGUGUAUGGACAACCAUUUAAUAUUCCUCAAACCCCAUGUAAUCAGAAUGUUGGACAAACAUAUUUCAACUUAACCCUCUACUGCAUUCCUCUGCCUCAAGGCGGACUUGAUUGUAACACUAAAGUUUAUCUAGAAAUCAAUUAUUUUUAUGUUUAA